UUCAAGUGUUGUUUUAGUUGAUAGAGGACGUGCUUUACAGACGUGCGAUUUUCCGAUUUCCUAGAAAGAAGUGAAAAUAUUGGGUUGCGUGUAUGUAUAGCUCUAGUUUCGAAUUAACAGGAAGGGAACAUUUUAUUGGGUGUUUUAUUAUAAACAUUUUCCACCAGAACAGCGGUAUCUAGAUUUUGUUUUUGGGAAAGGAUUCAAAAUUUAAAAAGUUGUGUUUCCAGUGAACCGGAAUAUUCUAGACACCUACUAGCAUUGGAAACUAUAGUUUGUAUUUAAAAUUUUAUUCCUGAGUAUAAAAACAGUGAUUCAUCGUGUGAAGUCUGCUUGGUAUCCUUCAGGGCGCUGAUAUUCACAGUGGUUUCGCAAGUGAUUUAAAUAGUUUCCUUAGAAUUCGCAAGUUUCCCAUAACACGGAAGCGAAAGUUUAAUGUUUCGAAAGUGUUACGAUCAUAAUUGAUUUUUAAUUAAGCGCAUUAAGACACCAAUUCAGUGGGGAGUAGUUGUGGUUCUGGCGUGUUGGGUGGUCACUCAUCGUCAGACGGCCACGGUCUGUGUGGGAAACCCAAAGUGAAAAACAAGGACAUACCGAGGACGGAAGGCUGAUUAUAUCAGGAAGCCGCACGUAUUCCACAAAAAUUGGUUACAUUGAACGCAGUGAACUAUAAAGAAGGGCAAAAACACAAGGAAGUGAACGCAACUGGGAAUAACCAAUUAGUGGCUGUUUUCUUUUUCUUUUUCAACUCUGCUACUUUGAAACUACGUAUCGGCAAACAUAACACUAAAAUAUAGCUCAAAAGGGAUAUUCGUGCUGAUUUGUCGCAUUAAAGAUGGCGUUGGGUUGGACUGGCAAUUUCAUACUCGUCUUUACGGUGAUACUUUCUACAUUAACACAAGGAAACCUCGCGGCCCCUGCAUCUAUACAAAGUGAUUUUUUCACCCCAUCACUAGGUGCAGCAAAUAGCAUUGACGAAGAAGUUCUUGAGCUGGAACAUCUAAAACACCAGGUAGGGCCAACGGUGCCAUUGGCAACUGAUACUUCCUUUAAGGGCAACACCGGUAGAGGUGGGGCUAACACGAAGGAAGAAAUUUUACCUCAGUUGGAAAAACAAUUGGAAGAAGAAGCUCAGGCAUCGGCAGUGAUUACUUCAUCCGAUGAAGAGGGACGGAGUGGCGAGAGCGAGGAGGGUGGAGAAAAUGACAACGAGCGGGAUGUAGGUGAUAAGCGUAGUGGAAACGCCAAUGAUGAUAAUAAUGACGAUGAUGACGGUGAUGAUGACGAUGGUGACGAUGACGAUGGCGACGCUAACGAUGAUAACAGUCGGGAUUAUGCCGAAAAGCUUGAAAAAGCAUCUGAAAGCAUGCUUCUGAAAACGUUGGCAGAGUUUCACCGAAAGCAGGAAGCGGAACUGCAAAAACAACACCACCAAAAUCAUGAAAAUCAUUACAAUCAUUAUGAGAGCACCACGCUAGACGACAAACAACAACAACAACAGCAAAAGGAUGAAAAUACUCAACCGAACGGCGAGGGAAAGUUAAUGAAGCUCCAUCCGGGCUCUACAAGCCUAACAUUCGGACAGCACUCAAUGGAAUCUGCUACCAAAACCCCACAACCCAAUGCGCUUUCACAGCCGGAACAGAUGCCGAAUGAUGAUACCGAAGCAAAGGAUGCUCUCACAAAUAAUGGUCAACGGCGUUCUGAUAAUGCUGAAAUCCUGCUGAGGCAUAGCGGAGGACAAUAUUCGGCCUUCGACAUGGCGCAAUACGUUUUCUGGACAGGCGAUGAAGUCGGUGUUGCACGAGCCGUUGAAGAGCUAAUUCAGAAAGGAUUGAUGACACGUGAAAAUGCCAUCAAAUUUCUGCGUGAUAUUCGACUUGGUAUCGAUUAUUUGCAAAACACCUAUUCCAGCCGACCGAUGAAGCCUAAUACUCAAUCGAAGGUCAGUGAAGAGAAGCCACCACACACCAGCACGUCCAGUACGGUAAGCACGCUGCACGAUGACCAAAAUGUUGAAAUGCCUGAACAAGAUAAUGUACAGAAUCAGCAUCAGCAAUCCCAACAGACAACCCUUGCGCCGGAAAUUCUCAAGGUUAUCGAACGUUUACCAAGACUACUGAAGAUGAAUGAGUUCAACGAACAGUCCGAAUCCACCCAAGACUAUGACGACGUGGUCGGACGAUUGCGAUUGGCCGAUUUCCUUUACGCCGAAUAUUCGCUGGAAGAAGUAAUCUACCAGCUGGCGAAAGUGAUGUUUACCCAGUCGCUGACUCGAGGCUCGGAACAGUCGCAGCACGCGUUGGAGAAACUCACCGAAUUUCUGGAAUCCGAGGGUGCCCAUGGCCGCAUAUCGCCGGCCUUGCAGAAAAAGAUUCUUGAUGUGUUACUGGCGGCUCUGGCCGAUACUCUAGCGGAAAAUCCGGAUUUGAUGCAAGUGGCGCGAGCUGCGCUUGGCAAACAUUUCGAACAACUCCCCCAGCGAGGCGAACACGUCAAGCAUUAAAAUGUGUAUACCCAGUUGUCCAAGCAAUUUGUUAAAUAAUUGAUUUCAGUUUUAUCUUAUAAAGGUUUAGUUUCAUUGAAGAAUGAUGAGAACUUGGUUUAAAAUUUGAAUUAAGUAAUUCAAAUGUUGUUACUUGUUGAUAAAUAAAAAUCAGAUAAUAAAUCGAAUAAAAUUAAAAAAAUAAAUCAAUCUCAACAGUAAAUAUCUCUCAAAAGGUACAUUAAUAAACAGAAUAUUGCAGGUAAUAAUCAACUCGCAAACUUGAAUCUAAUGUUGUGUGUUUCACAGUGCAGUGAAACGCAUGCCCUAGAAAUAAAAAAGGCUUUUGAAACACUUUACAGUUUUAUGAAAAUUUAAAUUACGGUUGGCAAUCCAGGGAAUGGUAUGAAAGUCAAGUGUAUCUUACUAGUUAGUCGAAAACAGAACGUCCGUUCGCAUUAGAACAGGGAAACAAUAAAGCGUUUUUAUCAGAUCAUUUCAAAAAGUAAAACACAAUUCUGACAAAUUUCCAGAGAAAGUCGUAGCUGAAACUAUUGAUUCUGAAUUUCUAUUAGUUGUAAGGUAAUAUGUAUCUGUUAACACUUCUAAACUAACAAUCAGCUGUGAAAUUCAUAAAACAUGAUAUAAAGUUUAAAACGAAAGUCCACAUCUUCUAGAAUCUACUCACUUUAAUUGAGCGUCUAAAAUGCUAUGGAAUUUAUCCAAUUGAAUGUGUAAUUCAGACAAGCAUGAAUUAUUUACAUACAAUAUACAUACACUAUAUCAAAUAUGGCAUGUAUCUACAUCAUAGAGCUAUUAUGUAUGUCCUAAAAACUUAAGUGGAAUAAAUCAUGCUAAUGUAGA